AUGUCGAACUAUCCUCAAGCUCCUCCAAGCUAUCAACCUGUUCCCCAAUCGCCUCAGAAAUAUAAUCAGUAUGGGUCUGCUCAGGCAUCCGAACCAUUACUGGGCGAAACCCGCGGUCAGUCCUCUCGUGGCGUAGAUGCCUUUGGUGACGACAAUGAUCUUCCUGAUGACUUCAAGUACGGAGUGACUGUCUCCGAGUCCGCACCCGAAAUCCGUCGGGCAUUUGUGUAUUCUAUCCUUUUCGCUCAAAUACUCGGUACUUGUGUUGUCACCAAGCUCGCCUCGAGUGAUAGCGCCAUUGCCUGGGUUCAAACACAUCAAUGGGCGGUUUUCGUCCCGUUGUUUGGUUCGCUCAUCAACCUCGGCCUGUUGUGGUGGAAGCGUCUAUCUUAUCCCACAAACUAUAUUCUCCUCACGAGCUUCACAGUCCUGGAAUCACUCAGUCUUGGCCUUAUCGUAUCAUACUAUGAGUCGACGAUCGUUCUCCAAGCAAUGUUAAUUACCCUUGGCGUGUUCCUUGGUCUCACUCUUUUCACACUCCAGAGCAAAUACGACUUCUCUGGAAUGGGCCCAUUCCUGUUUGGGGGCCUUUUGGUUCUCGUCAUGACUGGUUUCGUUGGGAUGUUUGUUCCAUUUAGCCACACAAUGGACCUCAUCUACGCCGCCGGGGGCUGCCUUAUUUUCAGCGGUUACAUUGUCUUCGAUGCAAGUGUUUCUGGAACUCUGCCUGAUAUUUGCCUGACCCCGCCUCGUUAG